AUGAAGUUCGCGUUGAUCCUACUGGGCCUCGUGUCAGCUUCUCAAGCGCACUACACAUUCCCAGCACUAGUAUCCGGUAGCUCCGCUACAAACAAGUGGCAGUAUGUCCGUAAGACGACAAACUACCAGUCCAACGGUCCCGUGACGGAUGUCACCUCUUCACAGAUUCGCUGCUAUCAACUCGCAGCCGGCAACGAGGGUGCCGAGACAAUGACGGUUGCCGCUGGCUCGACGGUUGGAUUCACAGCAGAUGCGUCCGUGUCUCAUCCUGGAACGCUACAAUUCUACAUGGCCAAGGUUCCUGCUGGAAAAACUGCCGACUCCUGGGACGGCGAUGGUGCCGUCUGGUUCAAGAUCUUUUCACAAGGUCCAAACAUCGCUCCGAGCGGACUGACGUGGCCCAGCCAGGGCGCGAAGCAAGUCACGGCCAAGAUCCCCGAGUGCCUGGCUCCUGGCGACUACCUGGUCCGAGUCGAACAUAUUGCGCUUCAUAGUGCCAGCAGCGCAGGUGGUGCUCAGUUCUACAUUUCGUGCGCUCAGCUCACUGUCACCGGAGGUGGCACGAAGACUUUCUCUGGAGUGUCGUUUCCUGGCGCUUACAAGGCUACCGACCCAGGCAUCAUGAUCAACAUUUACUAUCCUGUUCCAACAAGCUACACGGCGCCUGGGCCAGCAGUUGUUACAUGCUGAUGGGUCUUUGGCUGGUGCGAACUCGGAAGAAGGCAUCAAGUCGGGUUCACGACGGCGAUAAGGUUUAUAUAUCAUGCUAGUGUAGUAGUGUCAAUAGAUAGAUGGCUGUAAAUUUCUGCAAAUACUUGGCCGGUUCAAUCGAUUCAGUGGCCUGGUUGGAUGCUGCGAGAGUUCUGCCGUGACAAGAUAUCAACAUGCAAUAUGUAGUCAUCCAUUUUGUCGCAAAAGACGUUCAAGAACCACUCUGACUUCGAGCAGGUGUGUCAGCGAAGAGCUGCAGUAUUUGGCAUCGCGCCGCAAAGUGGCGCACCAAGCGGCCAGAAGCUAGCUAAUAUAGUGCUGUGCUU